GCGGGCGACGAGCUGAAUUUGACGAAGUCCGAGAAAUGGCGCCCAGUGUCCGACAGCAUCGAGCUCCACGACAUCCCAGCUGCACACCGGGGCGUCCUUGCGCUGGCGCUCCAACCGGCGAGCGAGAGAUUGAGGAAAGAUGAGCUGCUGGGACAUCGCGUGCAGUCGUUCCUCGGGGGGUCGGCUGACGCGCGUCGCGCCAGCGUGGCGUGGUGGCGGACGAGCAAGUGCAUGAAAGAGGCAUGGUCCCACGACAUCCGCAUCCUGCCAGCCAGCGACCAGAGCCUGCUGUUGGAGCGCCUGGCAAUCGCCCUGCGCGAAGUCGCGACGGUCAUUGGGGAGGAGAUGUUGGCGAUGCAGCAUUGGCGCG